CAGUCAAGCAUGAAACAAUCGGAAAGUCAGAAAAUCUAUGUGGAAAAUUAUGAUUCGGUCCAAACAAAGCCAACCCUACAAUAGUCAAGCUCUUUAAACAAGACCCAAGUUUGUUCUCAUCUUUUUCGUAUGAAUAAUUGAGAAAUUGUUAAAUAAAAUCAUUGAAAAUUUUUGUUAAGAGACAUAAAAAGAUAAACCAUUAACUCUAGCAUUAGUUUCGCCCACGAACAAGGCCUUAACCAACUCCUCACCUCUCCUCUUUCAUCUUUAUCAGAGAUUCUGGGGACUUGAUUGAAAGUUUUGUUUUUCUGGGUUUAGAAAUGGAGUACUGCAUGGAAGCGAGAGCAUUGAAAUCAAGUGUAAGAGGAGAACUAACCAUGCAAAAGACCCAGCAAGUUGUUUUGGAUGAUUUUUUAUACAUGAAUGUCGUAAACGCCGCCGGUCAGACUGAAGAUUUUUCCGUUGAUUGCUUCUUUGAUUUCACGAAUGGAGAAUUUGAAGAAGGUUCCAUUGAGGAAGAAGAAGAAGAAGAAAAAGACUCUGUUUCUGUUUCUUCCCGAGAACGUGUUGCAGACGAUGAUAUGAACUCUAAUUCUAGCAGUUUUUCCAUUGAUUCUAUUCUUACCAAAGAACUAUCCGUACCGGAUGAUGAAAUAGCAGGGCUUGAAUGGGUUUCUCAUUUUGUGGAUGAUUCGCUUCCAGAGGUUCCUUUACCAUGCCCUGUUUUUGAACAGCAAAGCGAGAACCAUGCAAAAACUCGUUUGGAAGAGGAACCGGAGCCGGCUAUUGUGAAAACGCCGAGUUUUUCAUCGCCGGUGCCAUCUAAAGCUAGGAGCAAAAGGGCUAAAUCAACCGGCCGAGCAUGGUCGGUUGGGUCAAUGCCUCUUUCGGAGUCGUCGUCUUCGACGGCGUCAUCUUCAAGUUCUUCUUCGGGGUUUUCCAUGACUUCGACUAAUGUUCAAAACGCGGAGUUGGGUAAUGAUGUCACGGAACCGCCACCAAAGAAACAGAAGAAAAAACCGGCGGUUCAAGCUAGUGGACUGUCAAGUGGGAAUCCUUUUCAACGGAGAUGUAGUCAUUGCCAAGUUCAAAAGACUCCACAGUGGCGAACCGGUCCACUUGGUGCCAAAACCCUAUGCAAUGCUUGUGGGGUUCGUUACAAGUCCGGUCGGCUUUUCCCUGAGUAUAGACCGGCUUGUAGCCCCACUUUUUCUGUUGAUAUGCACUCCAAUAGCCAUCGGAAAGUCUUAGAAAUGAGGAAAAAGAAAGAGCUAGCAGGAACAGGAUUCUGAUGAGUUGACCCGGAUGUUUCCGCGUUUUUGAAGUUAGGAAUAGCAGGACAGGUUCACGUGACCAGGGUUGAACCCGGUUAUAUUUGGCUAGGAUUUGUUAGGCUUAUUAUACUCUUUAAAAAGUGUUUUAAGGUUUGUAGAAUUUUCAGGUCUAAUUACGUAAUUUAGGUAGGUUUGCAUUUUUUUUUGCCAUUUUUUUUAGAAAUUUUUUGGGUCAAUUCCGUUGUAAAAUUUUUUUUUUAUGGUUUUAUGAUUGUUAUUUCUAGGUUUAAUGAAAAGGGAGAAAUUUACAAGUUGAAUUUAAAG